UCCACCAUAACCGGUCUAGCUUUGCCAAGCAACAUCUCCGCUCUCAACCAGAAGAGCUCCCGAAGCUCACUUGAACCACGAAAACGUCAGUCUCCGCACGCGACCUCAGCAUCCCCGGCCCCAACCUCUUCUCAUCUAGCCACCAAACGAUUCGCAUACGAACCACUCGAGUACAGCUCCUCACCAGCCAUUGGCGCGAUCAUGGCAUCCCGAUUCCUCGCUCCCGCUGUCCGGUCGGCAUCCCGUUUCGCCGCACCCGCACGAAGCUUCCAGACCAGCGCAGCUCUGAGGGCAGAGGUAGUCGCUGCGGCGCCUAUUAAAAAACCCGUUGGAGCUUUCCGUGGCGGGUGAGUCAUUUUCUUCCAUAUUGCGUGAUUGGGUGUAUGGGAUAAUCAUAUCUGGUGGGGUGGAACCGAAGCUUCUGGAGCUUGAACUUUCUCGAACCAGAGAGGGGGAUGGAAUCUCAAGCGGUGGGAAUGGGCGUAUCGUGAAAUGGAAUGCUAAUGGUCGGGCGCUUCAGACUCUUUGGAUUUCUCUUGGGAUCCACGACAGCAGGCGCCGGCAUGUACUACUACGUGAUCGAUGAGUACCGCAUCUCAAAUGAACUAUUGACAGAGGACAUCUACGCACUCCAGUCUGCCGUACAGCGAAUAGAAUCCUACGUCAAGACACUCGAGGAGAAGGUCGAUUUGAAAAGGAAAUAA